UACAAUUCCUGGAUGAAAGAGCAUGGAGGGUCGAUUGUCAAUAUCAUCGUCCUGAUUAGCAAUGGGUUUCCAACAGCCUCGCACAGUGGAGCUGCAAGAGAAGGUGUCUACAACCUCACCAAAUCCAUGGCUCUGGCGUGGGCCAGCAGUGGAGUAAGGAUCAACUGUGUUGCUCCUGGAACCGUCUAUUCCCAGACUGCUGCUGACAACUAUGGCCGACUGGGACAAAGCAUGUUUGAAAUGGCCUUUGAGGCUAUCCCAGCUAAGCGCCUCGGAGUCCCUGAGGAGGUCUCCUCCGUGGUGUGCUUCCUGUUGUCCCCUGCGGCCUCCUUUAUCACUGGACAGUUGAUCAAUGUGGACGGAGGCCAGUCUUUGUACAAUCACUUCUACCACAUACCAGAUCAUGACAACUGGCCUGAGGGAGUUGGGGACCUUUCUGUGGUCAGGAGAAUGAAAGAAUCUUUUAAGAAGAAGGCCAAGCUCUAAGUCAAGGAAACACCCGUCUGUCUUGUUCAUGUGUGCCUUAGCAUCUUGAGAAUGUUUCGUACUUCACAAGAGCUUAUAAUUUCUGUGGGAAAAAAAUUAUUUUAAUGUUACAGUUUUAUCUAUGCAAAAACUACCCCCAAAAUUAAUGUAUCUUCAUGUCCAAACCAGUUAUCUUUUAACGUAUUUUUUUUAUUUUAAACUAUGUAUAUAUAAAUUUGGUGGGAGUGGGGUAUGUGCACAUGAGUGCAGUGUCCAAAGAGGCCAGAGGCAUCAGGGGCAUUAGAUCCCCUAUGAGCAGGAAUUUCAGACAGUUGUGAGCCCCCCUGACAUGGGUAUGGGGAACUGAAUUCACUCAGCUCUUCCAGAAGAGCAGUAAAGGUGCUUAACCACUGAGCCAUCUCUCCAUCAGAAAUGUUUUCCAACAGUGGCGACCCACAGGCUGAGAACUGGUGUCCUACAGUGUCUUUCUGUCAUCCCCUAUUGACAACACCUAUGGCCAGCUGGCAAAGGAAAAAACAUGUAAAAGGCCCAGUUCACUUUCCACAUGGCUGACAGACAAUAACCUUUAAAACCAUCUGGGGGUGGAGCAGAACUGAACAGCCUACAUGAAGUUCUGGUUCGAUCCCCAGCACCUCAUAAACUAGACCUAGAGGUGCAUACCCGUAACCCCUGUGCUCAGGACAUGACAGACAGCAGGAGGCUCAGUUCAAAGUCAUCUUCUGCUACAUAGCGAGUUCCACUUUACACAGCCACGCCUCCCCCAGCCUUGUGUACGUGGGAACCAUGCUACCAGGCUCACCUUCAAUCCCCUCGAUUGCUGUGCCCCUUGUCCCAGUUCUAGGAUGUGCCCAACUGAGUUAUGUGGCUGUUCUGCGGCCUGUCCAUGGUGGUGUCUUGGAAUGGGUGGGUAAGACUUAAUGUGGGAUAUAGAAGUAACACUUUAACCGGGUGGUGGUGGUGCAUGCCUUUAAUCCCAGCACUCGGGAGGCAGAGGCAGGAGGUUCUCUGUGAGUUCGAGGCCAGCCUGGUCUACAGAGUGAGAUCCAGGACAGCCAGGGCUACACAGAGAAACCCUGUCUCAAAAAACAAAAAAACUAAAAAAGAAAAACAAAAUUUAAAUUAUCCUAAGACAUAGCGCCUGCGUGGCCUGGGCAGGUGUCUCCAUGACGGGUAAGGUGACCUGCUGACGUCCCAUGCAACCUAAGUCAGAAGCUCAUUUUUUAGUAAAAGGGGGACCUGUAGGGUCCUGGCCCCCGAUUUGGGUAACUGUUGCCCAUGCUUGCUGA